UGUGCUGUAGCUGUCAUUUCCUUUGUAUUUCAAACAAAAUUAAUAGCAAAAUAUUGUGUCUCAGUGUUUUAAUUUCGCAUCAAAAUCGAUGUUUGUCAUGGACAUCACUGACUUUCAUAACUAGUCGCAUAUUAAAUACAUCACAUUCAGUUAGCUAUAAUCAUGUCAUCCAACCUGCAUCAUCUGAAGUUCUUUUCUCCGUACUUUAUGACUGUGGAAACGAUUGAAGAUCUGUUGACAGUUAGUAAAUCCUGUCAUAGCGACAUUGGUUAUGACAUUAAUCUCUAUAAUGUUCGAGAGGCCCUAGCCGAGAUUAAAAUUCGAAAUCUUUUGAUCCAUACUACGCGGGAGAGCGGAGGCAUAGAGAUAUUUUCCCUUCGACCAAGACAGCCUACUGAUGCAGAGAUUAUUUUCGGAGAUUGCAGCUGCAAGAUGCUGUUUUGUAAUCGAGGAAUAUUUAAAAGGGGCUGGGAUAAAUCUCGCAUCGGUUGGUUGUGGGAUCUGGAACACUUGAACCGAUUAGAUAAACUUCAUCAUAUCUGGCGGGAGUUCGGUUCAAGUAAGAACUUCCCCCACAGAUUGAGGGACCCACCAUUAAUUACAAUGCGGCGUACUGUGGUAGAGAAACCUAAAAAGGUCGGAUGCUGGAGUUGGCUCCAUCACAAUUGUGGUUAUGUUUCUGAUAGCGAAAGUUGGGAUGUUGCCCAAAGUGGCCUAAGAAUAUGACUUCUAUUUAAAGUUUUUUAUGUAUUAUUUUUUGGAGAGUAUUAAAACGAGUGGGAGUGGUAAAAUUUUA